AUCCCGGAGCAGAGUGACAGCAGGACAACCACCGGGUGGGCGUAGGUGCAAGUGGCUGCACGCGUGGGCCUCGCGCGUGUCCGUGAAGCCCGCCGGGGACCUGCGGGACCAGGCCGCCUCCUCCUGCCCUUCCUGGGGUGUAUGGGAGUCUGAGGUGCUAAGUGCUGUUGCAAGAGAAGAUGGGAAAGGGCUGCAAGGUUGUCGUUUGUGGGUUGUUGUCUGUUGGGAAAACUGCCAUUCUGGAGCAACUCCUUUAUGGGAAUCAUACUAUCGGCAUGGAGGACUGCGAGACGAUGGAAGACGUGUAUAUGGCCUCGGUGGAGACAGACCGCGGGGUGAAGGAGCAGCUCCACUUAUACGACACGCGAGGCCUGCAGGAAGGCGUGGAACUGCCAAAGCAUUACUUCUCUUUCGCUGACGGCUUUGUUCUUGUGUACAGUGUGAAUAACCUGGAGUCCUUUCAAAGGGUGGAGCUUCUGAAGAAGGAAAUCGAUAAAUUCAAAGACAAGAAAGAGGUGGCAAUUGUCGUGCUGGGAAACAAAAUCGACCUCUCCGAGCAGAGACAAGUAGACGCUGAAGUGGCACAGCGGUGGGCGAAAAGCGAGAAGGUGAAGCUGUGGGAGGUGACAGUGACAGACCGGAGGACGCUGAUCGAACCCUUCACUUUACUAGCCAGCAAGCUCUCCCAGCCCCAGAGCAAAUCCAGCUUCCCUUUGCCAGGCAGGAAGAACAAAGGGAACUCCAAUUCUGAAAACUGAGUCAGAUCUUGAAAUGUCUGUAGCAUGGCACAGUUAUGAUGUAACAUGGCCCUUUACAAAACCACCUCCGGGCCUAAGUGGUAAUUCAAUGCACUUUACACUAUAAUUAACUUAUUGGGCUUAUUUAUUACUGUUAGACAUAUUUUAUCUUUGUUAUUUAUGUUGUACUUGUCAUUAAUAGUAAAAUAAAAUAUGGAAUGUAUGCGAUGUUCCAUGGGAACCUUCCAGCCUGUCAGGAACUGUCAUACUCCUUGUAAUUUCAUGCAGAUUCCUCACUGUGAACAUAAUUUCAAAAAGGCUUAUUCCUGUAUGUCUAGGAUGUGUGUGUGCAGCCAACUUUCUCUUUCCAUCUAUGCCUAAGUUCCAGAGGCUGAACUCAAGCUGCUGGACUUGCAUGGCAAGCACCCUUUCAGUAGCGAAGGUUGAAUAGGACUGGAAAGAUUGGUCAGUAGUUAAGACCCAGGUUCAACUGCUAGUACCUACACGGUGGCUCGCAACCACCAGUAACUGAUUCCACGGGAUCCAGUGUCCUCUUUUGGCUUCUUCAGGUACCACAUGCACAGAGAGGAAAUGAACACAGCCGGGUCAGGGUUGUUCUUAAUAUUGUUUAUUAGCACAGUAACAAAUGCAGACGUAAGAAGUCUAAAACACAUAACCAGUCCACUGAGCAGUUCCUAUUUCACGCCUACAGUUAACAGCUUAAGGUAUUUCACUACAGGGUUCCACAAAUCCUGAUUCAACCUUUAAAGUAACUUGCAUAUGAAAUAAAAAACAUUAACUACUCAUUUCCUACAUGGUGUCUCAUAGCCAGGUGUCCAUUUUACAUAUACGAGGUAACAAUCUCUACAAACUGUUAAAUACCAUUGUUUUCCUCUAAGAAGGAAAAACAAAUUCCAACUUUUUAAAAGAAGAAAAUAGGACUUUGCAUCAAUGGCCAAGUGUGUAACCUAUACAAAUGUAAGCUGAUUUUGAAAUUACAGUAGACUACACUCAAUGAAUCCCAAGUGUCUACACGCGCAUUCUUUCCUGUUGUACUAAAAGUAAACUAAUCUCGCAAAACUGACAGCUCUAAAAGUCACUAUUACCAAUUUGUCUACUGUAGCAAGAUACCUUAAGUUACAACAAAAUCUUAGGAAGUAAGACUGAAUAAUAUCUGUUAUAGAAAUACCCUACUCUUUACCAAUUCCCACCCUCCCCCACCCUUUCAAAAUCAUAAGCAGCUCUCUUCUGUGACAGACAGGUAAUGUAAGAACUGAAAACCCAGUUUAUGUAGCGUAUCUCUUGGUCCACUGUCUGGCCAUUCUGUCGUGUUCUGCUCUGUUGGUCAUGUACUGAGUGGCAAUACUUCCCACCAAAGGGUCAGCUGAAAGAAAAAGAUGUAGACACUUUAGAUAGAAACAUACAGCAAACAGUUAUGACCAUGCCCUAUGCCUGAAACACUCACCAGGGGGUUUUCUUCUAAUUGUUAAAAACCAAAUUUAAAAAGAUUUGUUUUAUGUGUAUGGAUACUCUGCCUGCAUGCUGUAGAUGUGGGCUGCCAUGCAGUGGCUGGGAAUUGAACCUGGGCUCUCUGCAAGAAUAACUGCUCUUAACAGAUGGGCCAUUUUUCCAGCCCCAUCUUCUAAUCUUAAUAUAAAGUAAAACAAGGGAGGAUGGGAGGAGUCUUGCUAAAAAAUGGAGUGGCCUGGCUGUAUUUUCUUAUUCUUUUCUCUCCCAACAAGUAACACUUCUGUUCUUCAUGUGUAUGACCAAACUUACAAGUCUGGACAUCCAGAGCUCCAGGACCAGCUCUGCUCACUGAUUAGAGCACUGUGGAUGCUGUGAAGUCUUUGUGCCCAGUGCAAUUGACACUAUCUACUGUACUCUGUAUAUAUUGUACUCUGUAUCCUGGAGAAGGCCAAAGCCCAGACCUCCAAAUAGAUGUUCUUCUCUGAAAAUGGAAUGCCUAAUAAAUUUGUAUGUGAAAGCAGAAAAAUAA